AGUUUUGUUACACAGCUUCGGGAGUCCCAAGAAAACGGAGACGAGACCGAGAGUUCGGGGCCCGGGCGCCUGGCCACGCCCCUCACGAAUGCCCUGUGUGCGCACGCGCAAGACCUCUCGUCCCUUUCAUGGGCCCCGCGACCGCCUCCUCCAGGCUGCCCUCCGGGAUGCCCACUCCCUUUCUGGCCCCUGCUCGGGCCGCAUCCCUGGAAGAGGAUCCUCAGGGUGCAAGCGCGGCCGCCUCUCUGGAGUCCGUGUCGUUCCAGGACGUGGCCGUGGACUUCACGUGGGAGGAGUGGCGGUGCUUGGGCCCUUCCCAGAAGGAGCUGUACCGGGAGGUGAUGCUGGAGAACUACCAGAACCUGGUCUGCCUGGGACUGGCUGCUUCCACACCAGAAAUGAUUGUCCAGCUAGAGCGAGGUGAGGCGCCGUGGCGACCUGAGGGAAGAGGUUCUGGAAUCCACCCUCCAGAUUGGGAAAUUGGACCUGAAAACAAGGCAUCAGUUAUCAAAGUGGGCCUUUCUAUGGAAGAACCAUUCUCGGAAAGAUUCACAAAUAGUGGUAUCUGUGUCUCCAACUUGGACCAAACCUGGAUAUAUGCUACCAGGUUAGAGAGGCAGCAGAAUGAUGAAGAUACAUCCAGAGUGCUAAAAAAUACCCAAAGGAAACCUCUUAAUGAAGUGAGAAGCCAUGACCAUAGUCAUUGUGCUAGAAGUGCUCAUGUUGGACCAGUUCAUUUUCCCCAACAAAAAAUAUCAUUAGAAAAUACUCUUUCUAAAUGUGAUACACAUGGAAAGAACUUCAGACUAUACUCGACCCUCAGAAACUGUAAUAAAAUCUGCUCAAAAAUUUUCCCUAAGUAUAAUGAGAGUAGGAAGUCCGUCAGUUAUAAUUCCCAUCUCAUUGAAAACCAUAAAUUACAUCCUGAAGAGAAACCUUAUGAAUGUCAUGACUGUGGGAAGGCCUUCCGAUGGAGCUCACACCUUGCUCAACAUCAGAUAACCCACACUGGAGAGAAACCCUAUGAAUGUAAGGAGUGUGGGAAGGCCUUUGGGUUGAGUACGGGGCUGACUCGACAUCAGAGGAUUCACACUGGAGAGAAGCCUUAUGAAUGCAAUGAAUGUGGGAAGGCCUUCCUUUUGAACACAAACUUUAUAGUUCAUCAGAGAAUUCAUAGUGGAGAAAAACCCUAUGAAUGUAAUGAAUGUGGGAAGGCCUUCAAUAGGAGCACCCAACUUACUGUACACCAGAGAAUUCACACUGGAGAGAAGCCAUAUGAGUGUCAUGAGUGUGGGAAGGCCUUUCGACAGAACACAGUUCUUACUGAACAUCAGAGGAUUCACAGUGGAGAGAAACCCUAUGAAUGCAGUGAAUGUGGGAAAGCCUUCCGACAGAGCUCACAGCUUACUCAACAUCAGAGGAUUCACACUGGAGAGAAGCCUUAUGAAUGUCACGAGUGUGGGAAGGCCUUCCUUCUGAGCACAACUUUUGCUGUCCACCAGAGAAUUCACACUGGAGAAAAACCUUAUGAAUGUAAUGAAUGUGGGAAGGCUUUCAGCUGGAGCACAGAACUUGCUGAACAUCAGAGGGUUCAUACUGGUGAGAAACCUUAUGAAUGUAAUGAAUGUGGGAAGGCUUUUUGCCAAAGCUCACAAUUGGCUCGUCAUCAGGUAAUCCACACUGGAGAGAAACCUUAUGAAUGUCAUGAGUGUGGGAAGGCCUUCCUUCUGAGUACAACCUUUGCUAUCCAUCAGAAAAUUCAUAGUGGGGAAUAAUCUUGUGAAUAUAAUAAAUAUAAGAACCUUCAAUUUGAGCUGAUUUUUCUCAAUGUCAGAUAUGUUAUUAACUGUUACAUUAAAGUAUCCACCGUAGAAAGUUUAUUAUAGAUGAGCAAUUAUAAAUUCCAUACCCAUUGCCUUCUCAACAUCAGUUUGUCCUGACGAAAGAACAUCUUCAGUUAGUGUAACAGAACCUACUCAACAUCCUAGAAUCACAAGUUGUGCAUCAGAUAGGGAUGAAAGCUUUGUGAAUGUAUUAAAAAAAAAGAAAGAUUUCAGCAAACGCCAAUCUUUGACUGAAAGUUAGUGAAUGCAGACUAUAAGGAAACCCCAUAUUUGAAGGAAAUCUCUUACUUUUACUGUUCUCCUAAUCUCAAGUCCUUAGCCAUCUCCCUCUUUUAUUUGCUAUAUUUGUGGUAGCUGAUUUCUACCAUUGUAGUCUCAGUAAAUUAGAAGUUUUUGCCAAAUUGACUUCAUUUCUCUCAAGUUAUUUGAAUCAGUCAUUUUUCCUCCUUUCCAGUCCCAGACAAAAAGAUAUACUUGCUGUUUGCUAAAUCAAAUUCUUUUUCUUGAUCAUAUCCUUAUCAGAUUAUUCCAAGAUUUUAUUCCUGCAAGCAUUCCUUUUUUGUGUGCACUUUUUACCAGCUGACACAGGUGGGGCCAGUACUAAGGAGGAAAAGCGCAUUCCUGUUCUUCUACUGCAGUUAGACUUUUCCACCUCCCUUUCUUGGGGGAGAAGGGGAGACAUCGAAAAUUUAUGUUUCUCCUUUUUCUUUUUUUGCAUGUAAGUCUAUCAUCUGAACACUUAGCAACUGAGUUUCUAUCUCAACUAUUUUACAUAAUUAGCUUUCCUCCAUCACAUGCUGGAAUUAAUGAAUAACAUAAUACUGCUUAGAAAAAAUCAUUAGGAUAAAUAGCAGAAGCAAUAAUAAGAAUGAUUUAGCUAUCCCAAAGGGUACAAUGCAAGGAGUAAUGACUAUGUAGUAAAAUAUAAUCUUUUGAAGACUGAAAAUGAGAGAAAAAGCACUAUAGUAGCUACUACAAGGUCUCAAAAUCAGGGAACAAAAGGAAAAGACUUCAGGAAUGGCUUUUAAAAGGCAAUUUUAAAAAUAAGGGUGUAAAUAGAAUAGAAAUUAGAACUCAAAGGUAUAAAAGACUAACAAGGAAUAAGUAACAAAAUAAACGGAUGUUUUCUUCAGAAUUGGUGAUUCUCUGAAAGAGAAACACAGAUCUGGAAAUCAAAAGUGCAACAAUGAAGGAUUUCAGAACAAAAUUCUUCUUACAGAAGAAUACCUGGUUUCAAUACAAGCAAUAGUAACUGACCUUAAAGAAAGGAUGCCCCCAAAUAAUCUGAGAAUUGUAAAAUUUUCAUUAAAUUACAAUGAAACAAACUCCCUGAAAACCAUGCUUUAGUAAAACAAAAACUGCCCUCCUCGCUCACACACACACUGAAAAUUGAGGGUAAAGGUGUGGAUCACUAGAAUCCAUACAUUGCCAAAAGAUAACAUUUGAAUUUUAGUUCCCUCAGAAACUUGUAGAUCUAACUUUGGAAUUUCAAUAUUAAACAAAAAUUCUUGCAAGCACCCAAGAGGAAACCUUUUGUAUUUCCAAAGAAAAGCAAAUUAAAUUGUAUAAGACCAUUCCUUGUUCACAAGAAACAACUAAAGGAAUAUAAUGCUCUAAAAAGCAAAGCAGAUUAGUUUGCACACCAAAGUAACAUGCAAAGUUGAGUUCAUCCAUCAAUGGAAAAAAAGUCUAAGGAAAAGAGGGGAACUGGAAUUUCCUUCUGGGGAAGUCAGGUGUGAGCAGAACAUUUGACUUGUACACGUCUCAAACAAAUUUAAACAAGGUAAAUAAGUAUGAUAGAUGAUAUGUCAUAAUGCAUAGAGGGUUACCCUUGGACUUAGAAGAGGUGGGUUAGUCUUCUGACAUUUUUUAUAUCAUCUCAGGAAAGCUACUUGUUGUCUGAGUGUCCCUUUUAACUCUAAUAUUAAAUUUUUCUGUAAUUACUGUAUAAUUACUGUAUAUCUUUGGAGGGAGUUCUAUACACUGAUAAAAUUACAGGUUCAGGUAAAACUUUCAUAUAACAACAAAACACUAAAGUAAAAGCUUUGUGUCAAUAGAGCUAGAAAAGAUUGAUUUUUAAAAAUAAUAUUAGUUGCUUUUUUUUUUUCUUGGCCAGUGCCUUGUGGGACCACUGCAACCCACCUCACCACUUUUUGUGACAGUGAUAUCUGAAUUUUUGCCUGUAGAAGUAAAUCUAAGUGAUGGAUAGGCCUCUUCAUAGGAAUGGAUAUGUUUAUUACUCUAUCCUGGAACUAAUCCUGGCCAUGCUUCAUUCUUUGAGAGAUUCACUCCCUAAGGAGGAAAAAAAAAUUUGAAUUUUGUGUAAUGUAUUAUAAAUCUCUGCAUGUUGAGUUUUCUUUGAAGAAAUCCCUAACCACUUGUUAGCUCUUUGCUGGCUUGUUAACAAUUCAAUAGGUGUUUGUUUGUUUUCUGUUGUAACUUGCUAGAAGUUUUAUUGGCUUUGAGUAGUUCCCUUUCUUACUUUCCCUAUACACACAUCAAAAUGAUAGAAGGUUGUUUUUGUUAUUUUUUUAUAGAUAUAAUUAGGCUCAGGAUGAUUAUUAAUAUCUGCUCUCUGGGGGCAUGCUGUUCAGCCUGAGAUAAGAGCUACCUCUCAAGAUAGGUCUCCUUUUCUAAGGUAAUUUUGAAAAGUUGCCAAAAGCAGGUCUCCUUUCUAGAUAAUGGCCGUCUGUGUCUAAAAUUGCUGGGGAUAUUGACUGCAUGCAAGAAGAGCUGAGUUGCCUUAAAGACCAGUUAUUUCAGAAAAGACUAGCCAUAGACUCAAGCACAUGUAUUAUGGUCAAUGAAUGGUCUCAAAUCGUGAGAAAUGAAGCCUUUUCUUCAUAAAGAAGAGUUAAUCAGGCUGAAAAUAAAUACACUGUCCCUAAAGCUCACUUUGAAUGACAUGAAAGGCUGAACUGAGGAACCAGCAUUGGAAGUAGGAGUGUUCCAGUGAUCAUUUUGGGACCUAGAUGCCUGUGCUACAUCCUUCAACAAAUCCCACUUGAGUCCUUCUAGUUAUGUGUGGUAUUGGACUUUGCUUGUGUAGAGUUAAUGGUGUAAUGGGAAUAACAUAUGGCUCAUCCAAUUAGAGAGAUUUUGCUGCUAAAUGUUGGGGAAUGAAUAAAGAGAAUGAUCACCCCAAUCCUUUGAAAUUAUAUCCCUACCCAACACCUUUUUUUCAGGUCUAUUGGGAGAAAAGAACAUUUGGGAGUGAAUUUAGAAAAACAGGUUAGAUAAAAGGGAAGGAUUGAGAAGAUGUAAAAAUUGAACAGUAAUUAAAUGAAUUCAUACUCUGUCAUUUUGAAAAUUAAAAACAAGUUAAAGUAUUCAAUAAGCUUUACAACCCUAUACAUCUUUAAAAUACUUAUAGUUUGCAAUAUGUCCUCUUUUUACUGCUUUCUCUCAUUUUACUCUUCGGCAGAGUCCAUAACAUUUUGACAUAUUUGCUAAUUUUCCAGGAAACUACAUUUGUAUCACAUUGGGUGUUGUGUUUUUUUGAAAAAGUCCAUUUUCCCAAGCUUAAUUUUGAUUUUAGCCCAUCGGAUUUUAAAGAAAUUUAUUUUUAUUUUGAAUUUAAACCUCAAAAUAGAUAUUUUCAUAUGCAAAGACCACAGAAAGGGGAUUGUCCUCAAAUUGUAGAUCAUUAUUAUGUACUGUUUGCUUUUUUGAGAAUAAAUUCAACCUUUAGCUUUCAAAACUG